CUAACCGAGGACUAAGAUCCAAACAAAUUGGCUAACAGGUCAUGCGUGUUGGUUGCCAUUUUCCCAGGAUUCGAUGUUACAAGCUUGACCCAAGGACUUGGGCCCUAAUGUAAAAGGGUCGACUUGUCAACCCAACCGAGAGGGGCGUUACAAUAAAUGCGAGCAAUUACAAGCAAUUAUUAAGAUGGGUCCAUCUUCAGGUUAAGGCAGUGGCUUGAAGACAACGACGUACUAUGUUGUCUAUCCUUUCCCCAUGUACUGGCGUUUUAGACAGACGCCUCUCUGCCACUACGCGUUUCCAUUCCUGUCUUCCAUAGUUUCUUGCCAUACCCUGGCGGGGAGAUGUCUAAGUAUAUUGGCCGAGCUAUCCUAACUUAGUAUUUGCUUUACAACCUAGUGUUCAUCUAAAGGGAUACAUCUCUCUAAUUGUAACACCAACCUUUGUCACUCCUAUAACUAGUUAUCUAUCCCCUCAUUCCUCGACCAGUCCCUAGAGCUUUUCAUAGCUUUUUAUCCAUUACGUCCGUCAACGAGUUUAAGUGUCGAUAUCGUUUCUCUCUGCUUAAACGUAAUCACUUUUGGAUCACGACCCUUACUCACGAGUAUUUUUCAGAUAGCUAUAACGAUGGAUAUGCACCACAUGGGCAUGAAGGUGGGCUUCGGUGACGAGUUCCACCUUGAAGGCCAGACAAUCUCUUGCGGUUCGUCGACCGGUAGUUUCUCUUCAGCAUCAACUUCGAGUUCUCUGCCCGAACCGUUCACGCCAACUUCAGGUCGAUCAACUCCUGGAAUUCGCUCUCUCUCGAUGGACCAUGAUGCUGUUGCUUAUCCAACUCCUACUGGAUAUGAUUUAACUCCGCCGUCAUCUGCUUUUGGCGGUUAUUUCCCACCAGGCGCCAAAGCAGACAUCCAUCGAUAUAUGGAGUAUAGCAAUGCCUCGCCAAGUCCUAGUCGAAAGUCCAGUAUGCAGUCGCAGUCUAUAGAUUUUGACUACGCCUCGAGUCUCUCUGCCUCGUACCCCUCGCUAUCGGUUCAAGAGCAUGGCCUUGAACACCACAGUUCUCAGUCUAUGGGGCACUACUCUUUUGGAGAAUAUGCGACACCACCGCAAUUUCCCGUAUCCACGAACGCCUACCACUUGGACAAUUCCGCAUGCGAUGCCUCGUCAAUGUGGGCAUGGACCGGGCACAGUCCCGUAUCUUUUUUUGCAAGAGAACAUCCCUCGGCGUCUCCUUCGCCUUCCCAGCCUCUUUCCGCACGAGAACGAAACGCCUUGACGCCGUCGUACCUUGCCAGCCAUGGGAAAAGGAGAGUUAGCGUGGACAAGGUGCAGCAAAAGACUUCAGCACUACAAAAAGCGCAAGACCGACAUGGCGUCAGAAUAGAAAGAAUCGCAGCCGCCACUUUUAAGUGUAACUAUCCGAACUGCCCGAAAGGACCCUUCAAGAGACAAGAACAUCUGAAGAGACACAAGAACACUAAACAUGCCGAUGACAUCCAGGCUAUUACAAUAUACUGUCCGUUCUGUGACAAGCCGUUCAAUCGCAGGGACAACUAUAGGCAACACCUCAGACUUCACACCCGCAGAAAAAGCCCAACCCGCCGCACCGAAUACUUCCCUGAGGCUCAGGCUCUGCUAGAUGAGGAGAUAAGCAAGACCAAGCAACGAAGCCAGCUAAAGAAAAAGACCGGCGUAUUAAAAAAUGAGGAUUAUUAAACUUGGAAAGUGAUACCCACGAAUAUGCAUUUAGUUACUAAUAUACAUAUACAAUAUGGAAUUCUUUGGCAACACGGCAGCAAAUUGGUGAGCAGGCUUUCAGGUCAAACGCAAGGCUGAUUGUUUAGCCCGGAAAAGGAGUACGGCGUCAACGUGUGGUGUUUAAUAUUUCUCAUAUUGUUCUGCAUCAUCUGGGGCGUUAAGAGAAGACAG